AUGGGAAUUAUGGAUGUCCCCAAUGGGCAGUCUAGCGUGGCCACCUUCGCUGCUACUGCUUCCGAGAAGAGCAGCAGCUCGGAGUCCCUCAGCGACAAGGCCUCCUCUGAGCUGAAGAAGAGCUUUGAUGCCGUCGUGUUUGAUGUCCUCAAGGUCACACCUGAAGAAUAUGCGGGUCAGAUCACACUCAUGGACGCUCCAGUAUUCAAAGCCAUUCAGCCAGAGGAGUUGUCGAGCUGUGGCUGGAACAAGAAGGAAAAGCACAGCUCCGCCCCCAACGCUGUGGCCUUCACCCGCAGGUUCAACCAGGUCAGCUUCUGGGUGGUCCGGGAGAUCUUGCACGCGCAGACCCUGAAAAUCAGAGCAGAGGUGUUGAGUCUAUACAUCAGAACAGCAAAGAAACUCUGUGAAAUGAACAACCUCCAUGCAGUGAUGGCGGUGGUGUCUGGUUUACAAAGUGCUCCGAUCUUCAGGCUGACCAAGACGUGGGCGCUGCUGAGCCGGAAGGACAAGGCCGCGUUUGAGAAGCUGGAGUACCUGAUGUCGAAGGAGGACAACUACAAGCGUCUGCGAGACUACAUUAGGAGUCAGAGCAUGACCUCCUGCAUUCCUUACCUGGGGAUGUACCUGUCAGACCUGACCUACAUCGACUCGGCCUACCCCUCCACCGGCAGCAUCCUGGAGAAUGAGCAGCGCUCCAACCUGAUGAACAACAUCCUGAGGAUCAUCUCCGACUUGCAGCGCUCCUGCGAGUACGACAUACCAGUAUUGCCUCAUGUCCAGAAGUAUCUCAACUCUGUCCGUUAUAUCGAGGAGCUGCAAAAAUUUGUGGAGGAUGACAACUACAAGCUCUCCUUAAAAAUCGAGCCAGGCACCAGCACCCCUCGCUCCACUGCCUCCAGGGAGGACCUUGUAGGCCCGGACGCGUCUGCGUCUCCUUUGUGUGGUCGGAGGGGCACUGCUGCAGAGGGUGCCCUGUCCAAAGUGCCGCCCACCCCACCUUCGCCCCGAAACCUGCUUCCCUAUGGACACAGGAAGUGCCACAGCCUGGGCUACAACUUCAUCCAUAAAAUGAACACAGCAGAGUUCAAGAGUGCCACCUUCCCCAAUGCGGGCUCCAGGCACCUCCUGGACGACAGCGUGAUGGAGAGCCACACCCCCACCCGUGGGCAGGCUGAGAGCUCCACCCUGUCCAGCGGAAUUUCCCUGGGCAGCAGCGAGGGCUCAGAGCUCAGUGAAGAAAUGUCUUGGCCAGCCAUUGAAAGGAACCGCUUCUAUCACUCCCUCGGCCCAGUAACCAGGGUGGCCCGAAUUCCUUACCGAGGAGUCCUGAAAGCCAGCAGCUCAGCAGAGUCCGAGGAGCUGGCGGUGCACCUGUACCCUGGAGCCGUGACGGUGCAGGGGGUGCUGAGGCGCAAGACUCUGCUGAAGGAGGGGAAGAAGCCUACGGUGGCUUCGUGGACAAAGUAUUGGGUGGCGCUGUGUGGGACCCAGCUCUUCUACUACCCUGCCAAGUCUCUGAAGGCCACAGAGAGAAAGCACUUCAAAUCCACCUCCAGCAAGAGCACUUCGGUGGUGGGCUGGAUGGCUAUGAUGGCUGACGACCCAGAACAUCCCGAUGUCUUCCUGCUGACGGACUCGGAGCACGGCAAUUCCUACAAGUACCAGGCCGGGAACCGGAUGAACGCUCUGCUGUGGUUCAAACACCUUAGUGCAGCCUGCCAAAGCAACAGACAGCAGGUUCCAGCAAAUCUGAUGUCCUUUGAGUGAACGGCGCCGAAGAUGGCCCUGUGAGAGAGGGAGAGUGGGUAGUGACUCAGCCGCUCUUGGCGGAAGCCUUCCACUGCCAUGACCCCAGCCUCGCCACACCCCGUCUGCCACUGCUGCCUUACCGAGAGAGGAGCUGGGGUGUGUCUGAGGUGCAGCGCAAGCACAGAGCACCAAGCCGCUGGCUGCUUCACUACUGACUACGGACCCGUGCUGCUGCGAUGCUUCUCCUCUGUGGCUUUCUCUUGGUUUCGUUCUUUGUUCUUUUUAUUAUUACUAUUACGAUUAUUAUUUGUUUCCUUCCUGAUGUCAGCACCUCAGAACUCAUCAACAGAGUGGGCUAUGAAUUAGUACCUUUCCUCCUUGGGCUUUUUCGGGGACAGUUGGACAUAAACCCUCACCCUUUAUUGUUCUCCCAUUAUUUUAGCAUUUUUUUUUCCUGUUUUCUCUCACCUCCUCUUUGCGAAACGUGCUGAGUAAGGGUUAUAAAACGCACUGCCGUUCAUAUACACUUACUGUACGGCACCCAGUGGUUAUAUAAUCUGGGAGACAGGGGAGUAAUGUCUGUUAUACUAUCCAUACAUCCAGCAUGGUGAUGGCUGUGCUUCUGCAAUUCUUCAGCAGAGCGGGGACAUUUAUUAUGAGUUGGUCCCUUUGAUGCUGUUCCUCUCUUGCAAAAAAAAAAAAAAAAAAAAAUGAUCGUCUACUCACAGCACAGUGGGGCUCAAGGAAGUAUGGACUCAAGGUUUUCUACACAUUUUUUGGGAAACUUCACGUGCUCUAAUAUUUGCAAAACUCAGAACAAAAGGCCUCUGGUUGCCUGUGAUUUCCAGCUGAUCAUCUCCAGGCACCUUUCCUUGGGAUUCUGAGGUAGAUCACUCUUUGUUCCCUGUCUUUGUCCUGUGAUAAAUGAGAUUUACUCCAACACCUCAACUCAGAGGAAAUGGGAAAUGCAAUAUUAUGUUUUCCAGAUGACCCUGAGUUCAUUGGGACUUUUUAACCACUUUUUUUUUUACUAAUCUGUUUUCACCAAGAGCACUGGAGAUUGUAAACACACAAUAAUUAGACACACACUUACCGUAUAGAGGACCUCCCAUGCACCCCCCAUGCCUUCCGCCUUGCCUGUACUCCUAUACUGUAUAUGUAGAUAUUCUUUUCUGGCACCUGAACUAAGCUCCCAGAGGUACUAUAAAAACCAAACUGAUUUUUCUGAACUGUUACGAUGACCUGGUCACAUUUGGGUUAUCUUUAAAACAAAAUGUGUGUGUGUGU